AUGCUUCUCUCCAAAAAUAUUUCCCCCCUUUAUACAAGGGAAUCACCAACUAACAUAUUUUCUAAAAAAUAUUUUCCUUCUAAUUUUGAUCAAUAUAAAAUUGUUCCAUCCUUUGAGAAUGAAAAAAGAAAUAGGAAAACUUUUACAUGUUUGUCUUCAUUUUUUUCUUCUCCAAAUGAUCAAGAUUUUUCACUUAAAGCAGUUACUGGUGCUCCAUCCACCAUAACUACGGAUGAUGAAAAAGAAAUUUUAUCUCACAAAUCUAGCAAUGGAAUAGGGAUUGUUGAGUUUUUUGAAGGGAAGAACAUUAUUGUUACUGGUGGUACAGGAUUUCUCGCAAAAGCUCUGAUUGAAAAGAUGUUGAGAACAACACCAAAAAUAAACAAGAUCUACAUCCUCAUCAGGGCAAAGGAUAAAGGAGCUGCAUUUGACAGAUUAAAAAGUGAAAUUGUAGAAUCACAGUUAUUCAAAUGCGUAGAAGAAAUGCAUGGUGAAUAUUACAAGCCAUUCAUAUUGAACAAAUUAAUUCCUGUGGUUGGAAAUAUAUAUGAGCCAAAUCUUGGUAUGGAUAUUAUUACUGCUCAACAAAUUGUUCAAGAAAUUGAUUUGAUCAUUGACUCUGCAGCAAACACCACAUUUGAUGAGAGGUAUGAUUUAGCUCUUGAUGCUAAUGUGAAUGGUCCAUAUCAACUCAUGAUGUUUGCCAAGAAAUGCAAGAACCUUAAACUUCUUAUGCAUUAUUCCACAGCAUAUGCCAAUGGAGAAAGAGAAGGAUUAAUAUUGGAGAAGCCUUUUACUAUGGGAGAAAGCAUAACAAAGGAAAAAAUCACUUCAAUUUCUCCCUAUACUAAUUUUCCACCAUUGGAUGCUGAGAAUGAAAUGGACUUGAUUUCAAAAUUGAAGAACAAUAUUACAAACAAUAUUGGUUUGGAACAAAUAAUGAAGGAUUUUGGACUUGCGAGGGCAAAGUUAUAUGGAUGGCAAGAUACAUAUACAUUCACAAAGGCAAUUGGUGAAAUGAUGAUAAAUAGUAUGAGAGAGGAAAUUCCAAUACUUAUUCUUAGACCCUCCAUUAUAACAAGUAGCUAUGAACAGCCAUUUCCAGGAUGGAUGCAAGGAUUCAGGACAAUUGAUCCAUUAAUAUUUUUCUAUCGAAAGGGUGACCUCCCUUGCCUUUUUGGUGAUCCUGAUUGCCUUGUUGAUUUGGUUCCAGUUGAUAUGGUUGUAAAUGCAACUAUGGCUGCUAUGGCAAAACAUGGAUAUUUGCAAAAUUCAGAACUAAAUGUCUAUCAUGUGGCAUCAUCAUCUCUAAAUCCUGUCUCAUUUUCUCAAAUUUUCGAAUAUUCUUAUGAUUUUUUCCAAUUAUUUCCUUUUGUUAAUUCAAAAGGAGAUAAAAUUGAGGUUAAAAAAAUGAGAUUUUUCGACAAAAUAUCAGAUUUUGAAAAUUAUAUUUUAGAGGUAUUAUCCAAGCAGCAUGAAGUACAAGACGGACAAGAGCUUACAAAGAACCAAAUCCGUUUAAUAAAAAGGAAGCUGGAAUAUUUGAAGAAUUUCAGCAAACUUCAUAAACCUUACUUGUUCUACAAAGGCUGGUUUGAUAAUGGCAACUUACGAAAGCUAAUGGAAGAGAUGUCCGAAGAAGAAAAAGAAAGCUUUGAAAUUGAUGUGACAAAAUUUAAUUGGAGAAAUUAUAUUGAAAAGAUACAUAUUCCUGGUGUACAAAAAUAUGUACUAGAAGGGAAUAGGAAUAAUUAAUUCUUUAUAUUGAAACAAUAUAUAUUAUUUGUUUGUACUUCUGUGAUAAACAUGAUUAGU